UAGCGACGAUCUGCGCUCUCUCGUCGCUCUCUCGUGGUAGUAGUAGUAGUGGCCGCCGCUCGCCAGCAGCAGCGUCUUUGAGGUGUGCGCGAUGAGACACACAGUACUUAUUAUUAAUCGUUCGACGACCACCAGCAUCAGCAUCAAUUUUUCCAGCCAGUUUUCAGUUUGCAAGAUAUAAAAUCAGGCGGGGAACGAGAGAGGGCUGUCUGUCUUAUGCGGUCGGUUGAUUUUUUCGGCGCUUUUUCUUUUCGUUUGCAAGCCACUCCGGCGGCACCGCAGUUCGCCUCGUUUCGUUGUUGUUGUUGUUGCAUUGUUGCAUCGGCCGGCAGUGACGCGGAAAGAGUGUGAUAAAGUGUGCGACAGAGAAACGAAAAGGAGGCACCGCCAAGAUGCAGGUGGCCACGCUGUUCCGAGAGAGUGCCAAUCUCCUUGGUGCUUCUAGCAUGGACACUCCCCAAAUGCAGCAGCAACAGCAGCAGCAACAAAUGAUGCAGCAGCAACAGCAGCAGCAGCAGCAGCAGCAGCAGCCGAUCGACUACGCGCAUCACAUGCAGCAUCAUUACAAAAUGUCAUACCCAUCGCCGGUAUCAAAUGGCGUUCCGAAUGGCGCGACAAUGAACUGUUCAGGUGUGCUGGUGAAGCAAGAGGCGAGGGACGACGGUUACGAGACGGCGCCAGAUCUGGAGAUGCGUAGCACUGGCGGUGACAGCAGCGCGUCCCAGCAGUAUCACACGCCACUGACGCCGCACACGCCCCACACGCCACACACGCCACACACGCCCCUCACGCCCAUCUCCGCGACGGCACACCAACCCCAACAGCCUCAAGCCUCAUCGGCGGCCAAUCUUGGACAGGUAUCGAUAAAAUGCGAAACGCCAGUAGACCCGUACAGUUUCGUCGACGAGGAGAUGUCCAUGGGUAACGGAAUGGGCCGAGCGUCGUCAAGUCCGAGCGAUCAGCAGCAGCAGCAACAGCAGCAGCAUACGGAUAUAAUGAUGGGUGGUUGCGGGCCGAUUCAAGGUCUUGGCACGCCGGCGCCCACGCCGCCUAUGUGCAAUCCACCACAACAGCACCAUCCGCCGCCAAUGCCCAUGCAGAUGAUGAACGGCGCACCUGGUCAGCAACAGCAGAUGCAGCAGCAGCAGCAGCAGCAGCAGCAGCAGCAACAGCAGAUGAUGCAACCGAAGAAGCGCGGCAGGAAAAAGAAGUGCGAGAUGACGCUCACGCCCGAGGAAGCCGAGUUGGCCGAGGCGAAGAAACGGGCAAAGACGUACAAGGAGCGCAAGAAGCACGACCGCUUUGACGGCAUGCCCGAGGAAGAGGUCAGCAAGCGAGUACUGCCGGAUCACCUGACCAACGACCUCGACAUCAUCAUCAUUGGCAUCAACCCCGGCCUCUUCGCCGCCUACAAAGGUCACCACUACGCCGGCCCUGGCAAUCAUUUUUGGAAGUGCUUACACCUCAGCGGUUUGACGCCAGAGCCACUUACAGCCGACGAUGACUACAAACUCUUACGGCUGGGCAUUGGCUUCACGAAUAUGGUGGCGCGUGCCACCAAAGGCAGCGCCGAUCUCACGCGAAAGGAGAUCAAAGAAGGAAGCCACGUACUUCUAGAGAAACUGAAAAAAUACAAACCGAAAAUUGCCGUUUUCAACGGCAAACUCAUCUACGAAGUUUUCUCCGGCAAGAAGGAGUUUGGUUUUGGUAGGCAACCCGACUUACUGCAAGGCACAAACACGUAUAUGUGGGUAAUGCCAUCGAGUAGCGCGCGGUGCGCACAGCUGCCGCGCGCCGCCGACAAGGUGCCGUAUUACGCGGCGCUGAAGAAGUUCCGCGACUACCUGAACGGCACGAUUGCGCAUCUGGACGAGUCGGACAUUGUGUUCGCCGACACGAAGCUGAAGAAGCGCGAGCAGGACGCCAUCGAGGACAAGAAGCCGAUUUUCAGCGACGACUACAACGACGGCGAGCCGCGCUUCAACGCCGACGGUACGAUAAAGCAAGAGCCAGGCUUGAUCCCCGGCAAGAAGAAGCGCGGGCGCCCGAAGAAGAUCAAGAACCCGGAGGACGUGCACCCGGUGACGGACAUCGACAAGCCCGACAUGAGCAGCGGCGAGAUCAUCAAGAAGCGCCGGGGUCGCCCGAAGAAGAUCCACCAGCAGCAGAAGCAGGCCGAGCGCGAGGCCAAGGAGCGCGAGAGCCAGCAGCAGCAGCAGCAGCUGCACCAGCAGCAGCUGGCGCACAUGAACGACGGCUACAUGUCGAGCUGCUUCUCGCCGGCGAUGAUGUCGCCGCCGAAGCCGUUCUCGCACAUGGCGCCGUACCCGCAGCUGAGCGAGCCGCAGGGCUACUACGGCGACCCUUACGCCGCCGGCAAGCAGCACUACGACGACGUUGCCGAGCCGUCGCCCGAGCAGUACGAGCAGCCGCCCCAGCAAUACAAUCCGGCCGAGCACGGCAGUCCUGCUGGCACGCCCAAUUAUGGCGGCUACAUGGCUUAUCACGAGCAGGAGCAGCACGUCCCGACGCCUAUGAGCCAGACCACCGACGAGCACUCGCACCACUCGCAUCCGACGCCACCUCACAAUCAUCCGCAUACACCUACCCACUCGAUGUCGCCGCAUCCGCACGAGCAAUACGGCAUGAAGCGAACCACCGGUCAAGACGUCGCCUCCAAGAGCUUGAGCGACCUCGAGUCGCUGGUGGACCAAAUACCCAGCAUAGCCGAUUCGGGCCAACAGCGGCUGCAGCACUCGGGCCUCGCGGGUGACGACUCGCUCAGCGACAAGCUCGCCGAUGCGUCGUCGCACCAACCAUACUUACCAGCCUACGGCACACCGACACCGAGUCACCAGACCAGCUACAGUCCACCCUCGCAAUAUCCCAACGACGCCAAUUACAAUUACUCGAGGGAGCCGGCGCAACAGCAGCAGCAGCAGCAGCAGCAGCAGCAGCAGCAGCAGCAGCAGCAGCAGCAGCAGCAGCACAGUAAAGCCUACACCGUGGAGAACUUGGCGUCGAGCAAUUACACACCAACGAUGAGCUCGUACCUGCAUUAUCCGAGCAAUGGCUAUCUCGAGUCGAGUCUCGCGCAACGAACCUACCACGGUUUCCAUCAUCCGUCCCUUCAUCAUCCCAUGCCUACCAAUGCACCUUACCCUUACAAUACCUCGUACGCCAGUUCUUUCGAUGCUUAUCAGCAUGCCAAUGUUCAAUCGAAUUAUCAAGGUUACGCCACGAGCAGUACACCGCCGUCUUAUAGGCCACCUGUCGAUUUGGCUUACGAUGGGGUAUGAUAGUUGGACAGACAUUAAACUCGGCGAUAUAACGUUCUUUUUUACGUACGAGGCGAGCGAGUAAACUUUUCGGCGGCGCGAUCAAGCGAUACAAUGUUGUUGUUGAUGAUGAUGAAGACUGAGAGAGUGUGCUAGAGGCAGGACUUACGCGUCUGGGAAUGACCGAUGAUCCUGCGAGGGCUGUUGAAUCAAAAUAAUUAACUUUUUUAUAUGUAAGCGAUGAUUAUUAUUCUUUUUAUUUCCCGAGAGAUCGUUUGUGGUUCCGUUGUGAUGAUUGUUUUUUAUACGUUGACGAGUAUUUCCUUUUCUUGCUUAUUCACAAUUUGCUGCGAGUCUCUGAUUGUUUUGUUUGAAUUAAUAUUUCUAUGACUUGUUAAGUUACUGAAUCUAUUCGAUUCCGAGUAGGCAAUUUGCAUUGUUGGGGCUCUAGACAAUUUUUAUUGAGAAUUCGAAUGGUUAAUGAAACCUUCUCUUCUUUUAUUGACAGUAUCAUCACAUGGUGCAAACAGUUGUGACUACAUACUUUUACUUCGUUGUUACUAACGUUGAAAUAAUACGGUUUUCUCACAAUAUCAAGUAGGAAUAAGACGCUCAAUUUUUUUGUGAAUUAUCUUUUUUGUGGUUUACUGUUUCUCAUUUUACCGUGGUAUUGUAAAGUUCUUUUGUGAAUUGUCUUUAUAAAUUUUCGGCGAGUUUUUGAUUUUUACAUUUUAAUGAAAAAGCUAAUUUUCUAUGCAAUAGUUACUUACGUCAAUCAGCACAAUCAAACCACCAAGGACCCUCACUUUCGUACAUUUAGUUAGUUAUAAAAGACUGAAGCACUCGGAUAUAAUUACUUCGUAAUCGUUAGCAAAAUGGAAAAACCUCGGUGCUAUUAGUUUCCCGGUGACAGAUGAAAAUAAAAUAAAAAAAAGGAACUCGUUACAACGAAAAACAAACAAAAAAAAUAAAGAAGAAAAACGUCGACUUCGCACGCCGAAAAAUUUGCCGCCGAAGCUACAGCUUCUCUCGCAGAGUUGUAAUGUGCAAUAUACAACACAACAUAGGCAACGACGGCCUCAGAUCUUUGCUGCGCCGCGAAAGAGUGCAAUAUAGCCGAAAAAAUAAGGGGAGGGAAUAAAAAAAGUUCGUUCUCCAUGUGCAUGUGUGUGUAUAAAAAAAGAAAGAAAAAAGUUCGAAGCGACGACGACCGCCAAACAAUUGUCAUAGUUCGUCGAAUGAAAAGAGAGACUUGUUGCUUUACUGUGAAUGCUGAUAUUAUCUAUAUCUUUGUACCCAUCCCACCGUGUAAUUUUUAAGAAACUGCGCGCGCGAGAGUGAGAGAGAGCACAUUAUUGUAUAAAUUGAAUUUUUCCUAUUAAUUAAACUCGCUAAAUAAGUUGUAUUUGCUAGUUGCGUAUUAUGUAAUCGAGGAACGAUUUUUUAAAUCGAAUCGCGCUGAUAGUCUAUAAGAGCAGGGCAUUUCCUCGGAUUGUUGUGCACGCGGCGACAUGAUCGCGUCCCACUUGCGUUAAGAGAAUGACGUUAUGUUUUUUACAUAUAUUCUUCUUCUCCUCCCCUAUUCGAUUCUUUUGCGUUUCCAUACAUUGGUGCGAAACAAGAAAGAAAAUGAAAAAUCAAGAUAAACAAAUAAACAAAAAAAAGAAGUUCGACACACGCAGACACUCCUCGUUCGCUAGAUGUUAUAAACGCAACGCUGUAAAAUGUCGAUGCAUCGGCGUGAUUAUACAUAAAUAUAAAUACAUAUAGAUAUAUAUUAUACAUAUAUAAAUAUAAAAGUAUAUAUAAAUAUUAUGAUUAUUGAUUAACGAAAAAAGCUAGCUCUAAUAAAAGAAGAAGAAAGAGAAGAAAAAUAAUGGAAAAAAUGACAUUACACGAUUUUAAAGGACAACGUAAUUUACCAGCUAUAAUGGUAUGUCAAGGUUUGAGAGAAGAAAAUAAAUUUAAAAAAAUAACUUGAUUGCACAGGGUAUAGACGAAGUCGUUGAUAUACAUAAAUAAACCGAUGUCUUUAUACAUAAUUAUAUAUAUAUAUACAUAUAUAUAUAUAACGAGAUAUGCAUCGAUACAUAUGUUUUAUCUUUUCAGUUCUGUCGGCCUCAGCCAAAGUAACACAGAGACACACGUACACGAUGAUUCUUAGACGUUUUUUCCAUUCCGGUGCAGGCAUUAUCGAUAUAGAUGUCAUCAGUGUUAAGUAACUCAUUCAUAGCCGUAUUAAAAAACACACACCCAUCGCUGUUGAUUGUACCGUUGAGAGAGUGCGAGACAGCUUUGAGCCGAUGGCUCCUACUUUUUUUUAUUACUCCAAUCGUUCUUUAACCCCCUCGAACCUUAACUUCUUAAGCAUGUAUAAAAACUACCGGCUGUGCGUGGAAGAACUUUUAGGAUGCGUGACAAUUUACGAAAAAUUUUGAUACGAUUGAGAAACAAAGGAAAGGAUAGAGUCGUGAAACAAAGAAAAAAGGAAAAUUAAUUUUUUUCUUUCACCGGCGAUACUUUGUAUAUAUAUAUAUAUACUAAUCCGUAGAGUCAUGAAAAAUUCUUCCACGUUGGCCGAUAAUAUUAUCAUGAGAUAUAAAAGAAAGGAAGGGUGACGGAUGCACCAGGCAAAAGUUUUUUCUUUGAUAUUCACGAGCGACAAGAUAAUAAGUAAGAAAAAAUAAAAGCAAGUUCCUAUCGUCACCUAAAUGAUUUUUCCAUCCCGUUUAGGCCUCCCAACAAAGAGCAAGCUAAGAAAGAGAAAAAAAAACGACGUUAUGUAUAUCCGACAUCCUUGCCUCGAGUUCGUAUCUUUAAGCGUUUAUAAGAGUUACGAGUAUUUAAAUUCUAGUUGUAUUCGCUCGCGACCCGGUGAACAAGAAAAUGACGACUCUGACACUGAGAAAAAUCUCUUUCUUGAACAUCAUGCUUAUCGCUUCGAAGUUUUAGGUACAUAUGGUAUUUUAUUUUUGUUUUCAUAUACUUUUCACAUUUACUGUAAAUAUUCGGAGUCGAGGCUCGAGUUUUGGUAGCUGAUGAGAGAGAAAAAAUUAACGCGUCUAAAACUUCUAAACGAUAGGUCAUGUAAAACUUUGUUGGUUCAAAUUGUGGCGGUGACUUUGCGUAAAGUUAAUGAAACGUUCAAACACGUUUCCAAGAUGCUUUGAACAUUUUUAAUGAACGAUACGUCUCAAAACGACUUUGAAUAAAAAAAAAAUGAAUCGCUCGUUAAAAGUUGGUGAAACGUCUUAGAUGAAUUGCAACAAAAAUGCAAGUUAGAUGGAAUUUUAAUGACAUUUUGUAAACUUGAAGACCAACUUUGCCAAGCGAAUUUUUGUCAGUGUGACAGUCGAUGCGAAGUAAUCGAAGGAAUUUUUAAACAUGCCGAACAUAAAAUCUGUAUAGCUUUAUUGUAUACUUCGAUAUAAGAGAAUGGAUAUUAAACGAUAAAUAAGAAUAAAAAGGAAAAAAACAAUGAUGAGCGGCAAUGAGACCAAUGAAGGUUGCUCAUGGCGAAUGUUACUUAAUGUACAUUGUUUAUACAUAAAUGACAAAUUAAAUGAAAACAAACAAAAAAAUAAUUAACAAUAAGAGUAUUAAGCUCUAGUUCCGGAUUAUGCUAAACUCCACUAUGAAUGUGUGAUGUCAUAAAGAAUUAAAAAUUGUCAUGACAAAAAACACAAAACGAAUAAUGUUUAUGUCGACUUCCUUUUUUUCACACGUACACACACUUACAAACUUAUACAUUACAAACAAGUCUUUAUAAUUUCUCAUUUUUAGAAUCAUCGAAGACGACGUUGAAGCGUAAUAAAAGAAGUCGACAAAAAGUGUUCUUGUGUGCCGCAAUCUGUGCUUCUAUUAUAACAUAGAUGUCGAGUGAGGUAGGGCCAGUUUUACGCGAACACGAAGUUUUUUGAUAUUGAUAGUUAAUUGUAAUGCCCACGUGCUGUUACAUUACCAUUAUGUAUAGUGAAACGAUCGACGGUUUCGUGUUCUUUCUUUUUUUCCCUUCAUUUUCUUUUCUUUUUUCUUUUUUUUUAUUCAUUAAUACUGUUAACGACAAGCCAGCUAUGAUGUAAAAUAGAUUUUUGAAUCGUUUUCUGAAAAAUAAAUGUCUUUUUAAAAAUAAAAAUUGCCGCUUUUGAGAAUGUAUACGUCUGUG